AUGGUCGCACGCAUCAGCUGCAUGGGGAUGGAGCGGAAGCUUGCAGUGAAGCUGAGGAGUGUCGCCGUGGUACUGGUGACUUACUUGGCUGUUUGCAGCGCUCGAACACUCCCCUCAAUCCCGGAAGCUGACGGAACUCCCCUUGGGAUGCGGCGAUCGUUGAUGCAAGAUACCAGCGCAUGCUUGGUGCAGUGCACACCUCCCCCCUCCCCAGAAGGGAUCCCUGGGGAGCCGUACUGCUGCCCUUUUGGGUCCCAGUGCCUGGGCGACGGGAGCGCCGGCGUGUGCGAGGCGAUUGGCGGGGGUGGAGACCCAAUCCCUGCCCUCAUCCUGGCAGAGCCUGGCGUCAGUCCGUAUGCAACCGGAGAUCCUGACAGUGGACCGAAUCCGUGCAACUUCAACGGGAACACUUGGUAUUGCCCGGAGACCCUGAACUGCGGGCGAGCGUAUCUCGACUGCCUGCCCUCCGAAAGCUUUUUCAGACUGGCGAACGAGGGCUACUAG